UGUUUUUUAAUAAAUUUGUCUUUAGUAGGUGGAAGUCUAGAUUUUUCAGAAGGUUUUUCAGUCGUGUUUCUGACUCAAUAUUCAUAGAAUAUAUUUAUUUUAAUUUUAUUCCUAAGUACUCGAGAAGCUUCUUUUCUUCUCGUUUUUUCUCAUUGUAAAGUUUGCUAUGCGUCUUCAAGAAGGUGAAUCUUCUAGUAACCUUAGUGCUACUAAAGCCAUAUUUCCAGUCCAGUUUUUAAAAAAUAAUAUUUUAUUUCCAACCAUGGAAUAUAAUGCUUCUUUAUGCAGAGAGAAAAAAAUGUUUUGUCAUUUGAAAGAAGAUAGUUGUACAUCUUACUGUCUAUGUAGAGCUGGUCGAACAUAUAAUCGUAUACUCUUACCUUCAACAGUUGAAAAAAAGCACACUAUAUGCUCCCAAAAUGUUGAGGAUUGUUUAUCAAACUCUUGGCAUAUGAAUUCUGGUAUAAAAAAUAACUAUGAUUCAUUUUUGCUGAAUAGACUCUCAUCUUCAUAUAACAAAUAUAAUAAUGAAAGUUGUUCAAUAUUGGAUUAUGCUCUUUUGGCAAGUGCGAGGCGUAAAAAUGCUACCAAAGAAACAACAAGUGUACUUAAAUCAUGGCUUAAUGAACAUCGCAAAAACCCUUAUCCUUCUAAGAGUGAAAAGGUAAUGCUAGCUAUAAUGACAAAAAUGACAUUGACCCAAGUUUCUACAUGGUUUGCAAAUGCUAGACGUCGUCUUAAAAAAGAAAAUAAAAUGACUUGGUCACCACGUAAAAAAUCUAAUAGUAAGAAUAGUUUAAAGGAGGGUAGUAGUUGUAGCAGUGAACCAAUACCAGAGGAAAUGGAUAUUGAUAUCAAGGAACAAAUAUUUUCAGCUCAAGAUUGCAAUAUCAAUACCAAUGAAGAAAACAGUGGUAAAAAUUGUAUAGAGACUCCUUUUUCUGUAGCACAAGAUACUAAAAUUCAAAGGCCAAGUGUGAUAUGUGUUCUUGAAUCUCCUACUUUUGAUCAAAUUAAAAAUCGAUUUAGUCGCGAUCCUUCGCCUGUAGAUCAUUUACAAAAAUGGGUUGAUGGUUGUUCUCAGGAAAAACCUGAUGAUUUAGUUUGCAUAAAAGAUUUAACUCCUCCGUUAACACCGAUUGAUAAUAGAGUAACAACUUUUACAUCUCAAAAACUUUUUGAAGCUUUUGAUGCUGCUAAAAUUAAUAAAAACAAUGAUACUCAAUACAAUAAAAGCAACUCAUAUGCAUCAGAGCCCAUCAGUUUAAUAUUCUCAUCAAAACAACCUGUUUGUUCAACAAAAGAAUGCAGUGUUGAGGUUUUAAUGCCAGAAAGUCUGUCGUCUUCUUUUACACCACCAUCUCCUUCUUUCACGCCUCAACCAUCACCUACUGAUACAACUCUUUAUAAAAGAGAUUUUUCUAAUAAAAAUGAUAAAAACAAUAUAAAAAAUGGUUGUGAUAAUCAAUCGAAUUCUGCUGAUUUUAGAUCACAAGGUCUGACUACAUCUCGAGAGUUAGAAGCUGUUUUGGCCUUGACUGCAUUGUGUAAAACAUAACAUAAGAUGAUUGUAUUUAUUUGACUCAUAGUAAAAGAGAGUUCUAUCUCAUAUGCAAGUUGAAGAACAAACCCCAAAUGAUACAUUAUGUCAUUCCAGAAAAUAAUAAAUGCAAUAAUAUCCUUGAAACAUUCCAUUCAUAAAUUUAUACAUCAUUUAAUGUAUAAAUUUAAAUUUGUUAACUUAACAUUGCAAACAGUUAUUAUUUUUGAAUGACACGAAUUUUUAUCUUAAUAACGCCGAAAUUUGUUUAUUAAUUUAAAAAUAAAGACUUUAUUUUGACUAUACUUGUGGUUUUACAAAAUGUUUUUAUUUUGGUUUUUAUAAUAUUUAUAAAUUUAUUUUAAGCGUAAUAUUAAAUGAACAUAGAGAUAUUUUCACUGAGAAA